GGUGGAGACCCAAGAAAACAAAUGGUAAUGUCAGUUUCUCAUCACAAAGUCUUCCCAGGUUAUAAGAAACACAAACACAAAUAAUGGUCUAUGUGUAGCCAGUACUAUUGCUGAAGUAUUGUCUCCAAACAUAUCACACACUAGUCAAGAGUUGCCAUGAUGGAAGUCAAACCAAAAAAAAAAUUCACAGGAAAAGGUCCAAAGGCAUCCCAAGAAAAAAACAGAUUUUAUAAAAAUAAUGAUUCUGGUUCUUCAAAGACAUUCCCAAGAAAAGUUGUUAAGGAAGGUGGGCCUAAAAUCACAUCAAAGAACUUUCAGAAAAGUGCCACAAAACCAGGGAAAAAAGGUGUGAAGCAGUUCAAGAACAAGCAGCCAGGGGAUAAAAUACCAAAGAACAAAUUCCAGCAGGCAAAUAACAUCAACAAGAAAAGAAAAUUCCGGCCGGACGGUAAAAGUGAUGAAUCAGCAGCCAAGAAACCCAAAUGGGAUGAUUUCAAAAAGAAGAAGAAAGAACUGAAGCAAAGCAGACAACUCAGUGAUAGAACCAACUAUGACAUUGUUGUUCGGGCAAAGCAGAUUUGGGAGAUCAUAAGAAGAAAAGACUGUGACAAAGAAAAAAGAGUGAAGUUGAUAAGUGAUUUGCAGAAGUUGAUUCAAGGAAAAAUUAAAACUAUUGCAUUUGCACACGAUUCAACUCGGGUGAUCCAGUGUUACAUUCAGUAUGGCAACGAAGAACAGAGAAAGCAGGCUUUUGAGGAGCUGCGAGAUGAUUUGGUUGAAUUAAGUAAAGCUAAAUAUUCCAGAAAUGUUGUUAAAAAAUUUCUCAUGUAUGGGAGUAAACCACAGGUUGCAGAGAUAAUACGAAGUUUUAAAGGCCAUGUGAGGAAGAUGCUCCGACAUGCGGAGGCGUCGGCCAUCGUGGAGUACGCAUACAAUGACAAAGCCGUUCUGGAGCAGAGGAACAUGUUGACAGAGGAGCUCUAUGGGAACACAUUUCAGCUUUACAAGUCAGUGGAUCACCCAACUCUGGACAAAGUUCUAGAGGUACAGCCAGAAAAACUACAGCUUAUCAUGGAUGAAAUGAAACAGAUUCUAACUCCAAUGGCCCAAAAGGAAGCUGUGAUUAAGCACUCAUUGGUACAUAAAGUAUUCUUGGACUUCUUUACCUAUGCACCCCCAAAGCUAAGAUCAGAAAUGAUCGAAGCCAUCCGUGAAGCGGUGGUGUACCUGGCGCACACACACGACGGCGCAAGAGUGGCCAUGCACUGCCUGUGGCAUGGCACGCCCAAGGACAGGAAAGUGAUUGUGAAAACAAUGAAGACUUAUGUUGAAAAAGUUGCUAAUGGCCAGUACUCCCAUUUGGUUUUAUUGGCGGCAUUUGAUUGUAUUGAUGAUACUAAGCUUGUGAAGCAGAUAAUCAUAUCAGAAAUUAUUAGUUCCUUGCAUAAUAUAGUAAACGACAAAUAUGGAAGGAAGGUCUUGCUGUACCUACUAAGCCCCAGAGAUCCUGCACAUAUAGUGAGAGAAAUCAUUGAGGUUCUGCAGAAGGGAGAUGGAAAUGCACACAGUAAGAAAGAUCCAGAGAUCCGACGCCGAGAACUCCUAGAAUCCAUCUCUCCAGCCUUGUUAAGCUACUUGCAAGGUCAUGCCCGAGAAGUGGUGCUAGAUAAGUCUGCGUGUGUGUUGGUGUGUGACAUUCUGGGAGCUGCUGUUGGAGACGUUCAGCCUGCCAUGAAUGCCAUCGCCAGCUUGGCAGCAGCAGAACUGCAUCCUGGUGGCAAAGAUGGAGAGCUUCACAUUGCAGAACAUCCUGCAGGACAUCUUGUUCUGAAGUGGCUAAUAGAGCAAGAUAAAAAGAUGAAAGAAAAUGGAAGACAAGGUUGUUUUGCUAAAACACUCGUUGAGCACGUUAGUCUGAAGAACCUGAAGUCCUGGGCGAGUGUGAACCGAGGUGCCAUUAUUCUUUCCAGCCUUGUACAGAGUCCUGAUCAGGAAGUUGCAGACAAAGUCAAAGCUGGACUGAAAAGCCUGAUCCCCACACUGGAAAAAAACAAGAACACCAGCAAAGGAAUAGAAAUGCUACUUGAAAAACUGUCAGUAUAGAUGGAAGCAAUUUUCAAGACGGAUUGAUUUUUUCUCUUCUGAUCUGUUUCCCAAUUGUGGAAAAGAAGGGGUGAGGGGUCCACCUUACUGUAAUUUGUGGGUCUUCUUUGUAUACGAACUUAUUUAUAAAAUGCUUUCUAAAAAUGCUCUUUUAAAAAAAUUCCAGCCGUCUUCCCUAUCAUCUUGAGUAGUAAGUAAAUCACAGUGUGAGACAGCAAUGUAAAAGGUUUAAUAGUCAUAUGGUGGGACCAACCAAAUACAUAUGAAGUGUGCACAUGAGUUGAUUCAGGGGAAGACAUCUUCUGUGAGCAGCAGUCUAGGAAGCCUUCAUGGAGGUGGGGGGCUUGAGAGAACCUCGGAGGAAAGCAGGAUGUGGAAAGAGCUGAUGGGAGUAUUUGUUGGGAGCAGUGAAGUGGAACUUAAUGGUUUUGAACUGAACUUCACGAGGCCUUAGGGCUUGGAUGGGUGCAGGGAGGGGAGGAUACCUUGCACCCAGGGCAGCCACAUUCCUGGCUGCCUCGUGGAUUGGGUUCUACAUUAGGUUCUGUUUGAAAGCUACUGGAGUGCAUUAAGGCUAGUAGGGAGAAAUGUGCUAGAUGAAUUUAGGGGGCCUCAUGGGUAGCAGUGUUAGGGUCAGUCUCACUAGGAAAAUCUGCCUAUCUUUGGAUCAGGGCCUCCAAGUAAAUAGUUCCUUUGGAUGAGAUUUUUUUCGUCGGGACUGUCCCGAAAGUAGUUGGAGUCUACCGGGUUUGAGUUUGGAAGGAGAACUGCUGACUUGUUAACAGUGCAGAAGUCUGAAUUUAAAUUCAGGUAGGAUGUUUGAAUUUAUAACUACUCUUGGUUUUUAGCAGCGAGGCUUAGGAGGGUUUGGUGGAUCGUGCAGACUCAGAGAACCCUGCCCUGACUAUUUUAGAUCUCAGGUCUCGGUGCUUUCUCUGAGUUGCCUGCUGUAACACGACCCCCUCUGGGGUCUGUCACUGUAACUACAUUUGCUGGAGGCCGGAGACUUGCUGUGUCUUUCCUGACCAAACUGUGGGGUCCAGGACUACUCCCAGCAUACAAGCCACCACCUGCUCCUGCCUGGGACAUUGAACCCUGCCCGAAGAGUAAAAGCUUUGGCACCACCACCCAGACCUCUGCCAACCAGCCGGGUCUAAGGUGGGGGCGGGGUGCCUGGGGAACUGGGCAUGGGGCCAGGUGACUGGAGAGAGGGCAAUGUCAGAGCCAUACAUUGUGAGUUUGUGUUUUCCAUAUAAGCAGCCCCUUCAGAAAGUGGGUGGAGAGGGAACCCUCCUGUGUGUUCCACCCAUGAGACUAAAAUAGUAAAAUAACGUACAGAAUUUUAAAAGUUAGAGUUCUAUAAAACACAUAACAAAAGAUUCCCCUCCCCCACCCCUGCGUGGCCCCUCCCCAGAAGCAACUAUUUCCACUUCUUUUAGCUCUGCUAAUUUUUUAAAGAUAAAGUUUUUGGGUUUUU